AUGAGAUACAGAGACAACACUCCCCUUGUUCUCAACGGGCUGAACUUGAACAUCCAGAGCAGGCAGACAGUUGGGAUUGUUGGAAGAACAGGUUCUGGCGAGUCGUCCUUAGGAAUGGCCUUGUUUCAUCUGGUGGAGCCUGCCAGUGGCACAAUCCUCAUAGAUGGCAUGGAUAUCUAUACUGUUGGUUUGGAAGACCUCAGAACCAAGCUGACUGUGGUCCCCCAGGAUCCUGUCCUGUUUGUAGGUACAGUAAGGUACAACUUGGAUCCCUUUGAGAGUCACAGCGAUGAGAUGCUCUGGUAGGUUCUGGAGAGAACAUUCAUGAGAGAAACAAUAAUGAAACUCCAAGAAAAAUUACAGGCAGAAGUCACAGAAAAUGGAGAAAGCUUCUCAGUAGGGGAACGUCAGCUGCUUUGUAUGGCCUGAGUGCUUCUCCAUAAUUCAAAAAUCAUUCUCCUUGAUGAAGCCACUGCCUCCAUGGACUCUAAGACUGGCACCCUUGUUCACAGCACCAUCAAAGAUGCCUUCAAAGACUGCACUGUGUUGACCAUUGCCCACCACCUCAACACGGUCCUCAACUGUGACCGCAUCCUGGUCCUGGAAAACGGGAAGGUGGUUGAGUUUGAUAAGCCUGAAGUCCUUGCUGAGAAGCCAGAUUCUGCGUUUGUGAUGUCACUAGCAGCAGAAAACAAAGUCUGA